GGCAAUUUCACUUAAUCCUAAAAUAAAAGUUUCACUGCAACAUACAAGAAUCAUGAUAAUUAUUUUCUUAAUUGAAGAGAAAAUUUUCAAGAGCUUUUUUUUUCAUUAAACCAACAUACGUCCGAGUUGCCACACCGGAUUCUCAUUUGGAUCAAUCCUGCUAUGGAUUUAUUAACUAAAGUAAAUAUUAUUGAAGUAUUUUUUCAAUUGCCAAUACGAUUGGGAAAGAGAUGGGGAUGAUUAAUUAUAAUAUUAUUCCAUGUCAACAAGUUUUAAAAUAUGUAUAUAACAGUCAUUUAACUUUGUUUUUAGAUUAAAAUUCGAAAAUAUUUUUAUAAUACGGGAAUGGACAAGGGCGCCCGUCAACGUAAGACCAAUUUUAAAAGUAUUAUUCGACCACGUAUCCACAACGCAGGUAUCUGGAAUAACUCAAGCACCUAUGGCAUUCACUGGGGAGCCAAAGUAUCCAUUUUUGCCUUCUUGCUGACAAACAUAACACAAAUAAUAGCGCUAUUCACUACAAAAGAUCCGAAAGGACUGCUCGCUUGCUUUAGCGUACUUUCUUUCUGUUUUAUGGGAUUCCUGAAGCUAAGCUCUUUACUUAUAAAACAGGAAAAUUGGCGUCGCCUCAUCAGCCAAGCGUCGUCUUUGGAAAACGAAGAAUUGCAUAUCCGUGAUUAUAAAUACGACUAUGAGUCCGAUGGCGAAGAAGAUAACAGCUCUUUCAAAUAUAUAGGAUCAUACACGAAGAAAUUUUCCUCUAUUUCAACACAUUUGUCGAGAAUAUAUUGUUUAACUGCAGUAGUGUUCAUGGCAUCCCCAUUUAUUGAGUAUGGAUUGCGUUUGUACCAGGGAAAAGGUGUCGAGGGAUUUCCACACAUAUUGCCAGGCUGGGCGCCAUUAGAUUUUAACAUUUUAGGCUAUAUCAUAACUAUUGUAGCAGAGAUUGUGGCUGCCGUGUACUGCGUAAGAGUGCACACAGCUUUCGACUUGACCGCAAUAGGAUUUAUGAUUUUUAUACGUGGACAAUUUCAUUUACUCCAUAAAUAUAGCGAACGUAUUGGAGGAAAGGGAAAAAUCUGCAUUUUAUCAAAUAGAAGGGAUAACCGAGCUCAUUUCAGGAUCACAAAAUGCCAUCACAUUCAUGUCGUGUUAUUAAAAUCGGUACACCAGCUUGGCAGGUUAAUUCAAAAUAUUCUGGGAAUAUAUUUCUUUCUGGCAACCUUAACGCUUUGCUCAGUUGCUAUGCAGUUAAAAUCGGAACAAUUGAGUGCUGCGCAGUUAGUUUCACUAUUGCAAUAUAUGGGUGCGACGGUGACGCAACUUUUCCUAUUCUGUCAGUAUGGAGCCGCGGUAAUACACGACAGUUCAGUCUGCCUAGGCGAAGGGCCAUUUUGCGCUGCGUUUUGGUGCUUGAGCUCGAGGAUACGCCGUGAGAUUGCGCUGCUGGCUGUCGGUAUGGCUCGCCCGUGCAGGCUGUUGGCUGGGCCACUGCACAAAUUGGAUUUGCUUUCAUUUGUCCAGAUUGUUCGCACUGCAUACAGUUAUUACGCCGUUUUAAGACAGACAUCGCAAUAAAAUUUUCGUUUGAUGCGGAGCCUGUGUAGCUAUUUUUUAUUUGCAUAAUUUUUUUUUAAGUAGGCUGUCAAG